GUCGGAGGGCGUCCCGUGAUUGGCUGCCCGGGUCCGUGUGUUGCUCGCAGUGCAGCCUGUCUGUUUGAAUGUGCUGUGUGGGGACUGGAGGGGGACUGACUGGAGGGGGGACCAUUUCCAUGGAACCAUCUGUCUCACUGGCUGCGUCCACACACACAACAAAGAAAGAAAGGACCCAGGAUGGUGUUAGUACAUGUUGGAUAUCUGGUUCUCCCCGUCUUCGGCUCAGUUAGAAACAGAGUAUCGAGGCUGGCUCUACAUUCCGCAUUUCUCAGACCUUUGUCCCCCUCCAUUGUGUAGCUAACUGAUCAUCUGCUGCUGUCUGCCGUAGCCUCUGCCUGUUCUCUGCAUCUAGCUGUAUUGUGAACCCCCCUUCUUCCUCAUUUCCUCUUUCCAUCUGAAGACGACAUUGGCAUUAAAAAAAACCUGAGUUCCCACUCAUACCUACCCCUCCCUCACAUCCACUCAUUGGUGCUCAUUGGUGAUGAGAUAACAUUGGAACAACUUUGGGUCGAUAUGGAUCAAAUCCUCUGUCUAGGAGCACACUUCACCAGGCAUCAACACAGCCAUGCUACCUCCUGCCGACACUUUCACCUGGGCGCUCCCCAGGCGCCCAUCUCAGCAGAGUUCCCUCUAGGACACGCCAGCCAGCCGCCUCAGACCGGCCUGGCCACCCACCUGACCCCGGCACACCACCCGCCCCUCACUGCCCUGCCUGCACCCCCUCAGUUCCAGGAUGUGCCGGGGCCUCCAUUCCUACCUCAGGCCUUACACCAGCAAUACCUCAUCCAGCAGCAGCUUCUUGAAGCGCAGCACCGCAGGAUUCUCCCGCACUCCAGAAGAACCCAGGAGCGUAUUCCCCUGAACCCUCACCGACUGCGCGCAGGCUACGAGUUCUCCCCUCCCCUCCACGUCCCCCAGCCAAUGACACAGCAGCAGCGGUACCUGGCCGAAGGCACCGACUGGGAUCUCAGUGUUGAUGCGGGCCUCCCCCACCACCAGUACCAGCUCCAGCAGCUUCCGCAGCACUAUCAGCAUUACCUGGCCUCGCCUCGAAUGCACCACUUCCCCAGGAACACAUCCUCUGCACAAGUGGUUGUGCAUGAAAUCAGAAACUACCCGUACCCCCAGCUGCACCUGUUGGCGCUGCAAAGUCUGAAUCCUUCGAGGCACGCCACCGCCGUGCGAGAAAGUUACGAGGAGCUGUUGCAGCUGGAGGACCGGCUGGGGAGUGUCAAUAGAGGAGCUGUCCAGACAACCAUAGAGAGAUUCACCUUUCCACACAAAUACAAGAAGAGGAAGCCCCUGCAUCUGAAGAUUGGGGAGGAGGAGGAAACGGAUGUGGAUGAGAAAUGUACCAUCUGCUUGUCCAUGCUGGAGGACAAAGAGGACGUCAGGAGAUUGCCCUGCAUGCACCUCUUCCACCAGGGCUGCGUGGACCAAUGGCUGGCCACCAGCAGGAAGUGUCCGAUCUGUCGAGUUGACAUCGAAACACAGCUGAACCCUGACAGCUGAUGAGAUUUCAACCCCCCACUCCUUGUCAAUCACCCUUGUGUGGUUCCUGCUUUCUUCCACCCCCACUCCCCCAUCCCCCUUUCCCUCCUGUUGGGUGCUUUGCCAAAUGUCUCCAGACUUCAUGUGACAUCACCACCCUUCUGACUCCCGCUUUACUGAGCCAAGCCAGGAAAACUAACUGCACGAGAGGCCGCAAAGGACUCUCUUUAUAUAGAAGCACAUCCCUUCUGGAGGCAAAAGACACGCAGACACACACACACAUACUCAUGUACACAGGGUUUACUUGUAGCUUGCUGGUCGUAAGUGGGGUGUUGUUGCUGUUGUGGUGUUGUGCUGUAGGUAGCCCCGGGCUGUGUAGCAUGUCCUCAAAGCCAUGACUUAAUGUCCUGAAGAGUGGAGAACACAUAACCCCACACUGAGCUGGCUACUUUCUCUCUUUUUCUCUCUCUCUCUCUUUCUAUAUAUAAAAAAAAUAUAUAUAUUUCUCUCUUUUCAAACACACUUCAAUCAAAAAUGAAUAUUCUGCCACUUCGAGAAAGCUUAACAAAUGCUCUGAUGCCAUGUUUACCUAAAGAUCAUUUGUGGUCGUAGUAGAGUAGCAGUAACCAACAAGUGAUAUCUGGUGUCGCCUUCGUAGGCGGGGACAAGCACCAGGAGUGUUUUAAUUCUAUCAUGCAGCUUUGACAUUUUGCAAUACAGUUGUACAUUUACCUUGGGUUGGUGUCAUGUGAGAUGGUGUCGUGUGAGUAGGUCUCUUUCACCGCCCGUGGGAGCCCAGUGAUCGAGUCGUUGUGUAUUUUAAAAAAUAGGUAGAAAGUGUUUUUUUUUUUUUACCAAAAUGCAUUUUUGUCACAGUGUAGCUUGAACCUGACGCGCAGGUUCAUGUGUGUGUGUGUGUGUGUGUGUGUGCUCUGCCCUGCUGUGUGUCUGACUUAAAGAAUGUGUCUAACAAAUGUGUGGAUGUUAAGAAGAGUGCGUGUGUGUUUCAAGGGGUUUGAGGCAUCACCUAGAUGUUAACUCACUGUAGGUUAACAGCAUGGCCACUGGAGUGCUUAUACAACACAAAGCCAAAAAAAAAAAAACAGGGAUGAAAAAAAAGGAAACCGCAGAACGAGUAAGGUGGGAGGAAGACUUUUAGCUGCCCUUGUACCUGUAUCUUCAUCUGGCGCAGGGCCAGUGGCAGAACAGUGUGUACUAAAAAUGCAUGUUUCAUUGUUGACUUGGGCUGUUAGCUUUGGUAGCGUUUCUUCAAUUUAAAAAGGUACAGAGAUGGCUUUGCAUGACUUAGUUGAUCUGAGCUGUGACUAUCUUCUCAACACUAACAAACAAAAAAAAAAAAAGCGGUGUCAGUGGCUGCUCCCCUGACUUUGUAGCGCGUGUUCAUCCUGUCCCCUUUGGUGGCAACGAUGGGAUUCCUCUGUUUGAUGUUUACCUUAUUGCCUAAAGAACAAGCACAUGUGACAAUAGUUAUAGCAACAAAAAGGUUUUAUCCUUGGUAUUGCAUUUGCGUUGGUUUAUAUUUAGGUAUAGAUUCAUGCAGUGUUUCAGCAGAGAGAGGAGCUUGCGUAUUGAUCUUGUGUAUUUGUGUGACAGACCUCCCCUCGUGGUUGCUAUGCUGGUUGCUAUGCUGUAUUGCUAGAACAUGUAGAACGUGGUGAGACGGAGGCAGCCUCCCUCUCGCAGUGCACACAGACACAACAGCAGGAAAAUAAUCAGGCUGUUAAGACUCGGCCUGACCAGUUUUCACUUCUUUUUUUUCCCCCUUUGUGUCGGCUUCAGUUCUACAGGAUGCCUUUAGGACCCUCACUGUCCUAUGCACUGUGAUAAUAAAGGAUAAGCCCAGAGACUCUUUUUAGCCUCGUGGGUUAAGGAUCAAUUAACUCAGAUUACUUUCUCACUUGUCUUGUGCACUGCCAGUGUCGACACUGCCUCCUCCUGUAGUGGAGUCAUCUGUGAUGAAGUUUUCAUAGUUUACACAGGGUGUUGUCAGUUGAGAUGCCUUAAGUAUUUAACAAUCAUAAUUUAUUACUAACUGUAGAUAUUGUGGGUAUGUAUUUAAUUUUAUAUAGUUUUUUUGGGGGGUGAGGGCAAUUGAAUCAUAAUUUAUUUAUUUAGAAAUAACACAAAAAUGCUAUGAAAAAAACUAUUACCUCAUUUUUGCAUUGUUUUAAAUGGGAAUGCUUUGCAUGCAGUUGUACUUUUUGGAACACUAAAGUUAAAGAAAAAAAAAGAGCCCUGCUGUUUGAUCUCCACAAGCUGGCUGUGCAAAGUUUACUGUCCAAGGCUGAGCUACUGAGCCCGCUCUCCGUCUCUCUCUCUCUCUCUUAGUCUUUCUCUCUCUCUAGCCUCAUUUCCACCAAGAAGUUCCUGGUAAUUUUAGUCCCGGGACUACUCUUCAAGAUACUAAAAGGUUCCUUUAGCCAAUUUUGUCCGUAUUACCCCCCAACCACAGCCUUUUUGGGGGGUAAAAUGUCCCUGCAAAAUGUCCUGGGACUGAAUUUAGACCCUGGUCCCUGCGGUCAAAACGCAAUGUGUUCCUAAAAAGGUUCCUAGUUCCGGGGGAAAAUUCUUGCGGUCGAAAAGGGGCUUCUCUCUCAAGCCUUAUUUCCACCAAGAAGUUCUUGGUAAUUUUAGUCCCGAGACUACUUUUCCAGGAACAAAAAGGUUCCUUCAGCCCAUUGUUGUCUAUACUACCCCAGACCAUGGCCUUUUUGGGGGGGGAAAUGUCCCCAAAAAAUGUCCCGGGACUUAAUUUAGACGCUGAUCCCUGCGGUCGAAACACAAUGAGUUCCUCAAAAGAUUCCUAGUUCCGAGGGAAAUUUCUUGCGGUCGAAAAGGGGCUUCUCUCUCCAUCUCUCUCUCUUUCAGUCUCUCUCUCUCUCUCUCUCUCUAUCCCCAUUUCCACCAAGAAGUUCCUGGUAAUUUUAGUCCCGGGACUACUUUUCAAGGAACUAAAAGGUUCCUGCAGCCCAUUGUAGUCUGUACUACCCCCCGACCAGGGCUUUCUUGGGGGGUAAAAUGUCCCAAGUAAAUGUCCCGGGACUUAAUUUAGACACUGGUCCCUGGGGUCGAAACAUAAUGAGUUCCUCAAAAGGUUCCUAGCUCUGAGGUAAAGUUCCUGUGGUGGAAAAGGGGCUUCUCUCUCUCUCUUAAUCGGUUUCUCUCUCUCUCUCUCUUUCUCUCAUGUGGUGCUGUGGAUCUUGGUUACAUUCCAUUCAAUGCAAUUUCUCUGAUCCCCCAUGCUGUGAUGUAGUGGACAAACUGCAAUGAAGUGAUUUUUGUUUUUGUUUUGCACUCACUUGUUUGAAUAUGGGAACCCUCUCACUGGCAAAAAAAAAAGUUUAGUUUAGAUAAUUUAAUAUUACCACUAAGGACUCUGGCUUUUGUUUUUUUUUAUGCUCUGCUUCUCACAAUGCACUAUGGGUCUUAAUAACGAUCAUCUGUGAAGCAUGUUCCUUCGCUUUAACUCUUUGUAUCGAUCUUUUAAUUUUCAUCUCUGUGGUGUUUCUCUUCAGUUUGUAGACUUAAGCAUAACAAGUGCCUCGCUUCAAGUGUUAGGAGAUAUUUCCAUAUUACUGAAACCAUUAAUAACAAUCAAUCCAUGAAGCCACCAUGCCUUAUUGGUUGCAUAAUUAAUUAAAAGAGUGAGUCGUGAAGGAGCUAAGACAACAUUUGACAGGUGUCUACAAAAGCCAUUAUCCUCGAAAUUGAAGUCCAAACUAGCUGUUGGUCUUUAAAACUGGAGCGUUACAUUUUGUGGAAAUAGUUCUGACUAUAAAGAGGCAUGUUUCACUGUGGGCUUUACAAAUACUUCAGUAAUCCUUCUUUGAUUCUGUUUAUCUUCUAUCGCUGACUCCCCAUUUCUUUUUUUUUAUUUUACCGUCCAUCUCUCCUCUCAGAAUCUAUCCUGUUUCCUUUCACAGACUAAAAGGAAAGCACGGAUUUUAAAGCACAACCUUUUCUAAAAAUGCAUGUUUUCUCAGGUUUCAAUAUAGUCUCAAUGGUUUAAAAGUAUAUGGUGAAAAUAUAUACAAAGAAUAUAUCAGAAAAAAAAAUAAUUUUGUUGCUGUUUGACACUGAAAAACAAAACUGAAGAGAAAAUAUCCCAAAAAGUGCCAGUGAAAGGGCUGCCGCCAUCCUUGUAUGAAACUCUGCUGUUUAGCUGUGACUGCGCAAUGUUUUUCAAUAUAGGAUAUUUUAUCUGAAAAUAGAACUAUUUAUCAUUAAUAUUAAAGCAAUAGCGCAUUAAUGGUGAUGAGUGUGUUGAUGAAGAAAUGGAUGAGCAUAUUAUGGGUAAAUGUUAGAUUCACAUGUGGUGGAAUUUUGUACUUUAUUUAUUAUUACUACUAAUAAUAAUGAUAAUGAUUUCAAAAGUUGCAUUGCUAAACCCAAACUGUUUUGUUUUUUAAUUUUAAUUUUAUUUCAUGGCUUGUAUAUUAUCCUUUUGUAUGUGCUCUUUUUGUAAUAAAUUGGAUAAAAUGGA